GUAUGCCCCUUCUCGAGAAGGCGGCAUCUCUGCGCGGCGAGGCGCGCGUGGUCAACCACUCCAGCGCCGCCCGCGCGAUGGAUGGAAUCGACAACAAGCUCCAGGAGAAGUACCUGGGAAAGAAUGGUGGAAAUCUGGGUGGUGACAGCGACACCAUGUUCAAGGGCGCGAACUUCGAACGUUACCAACAGAGCAAGCUUGCCAACGUGGCUUUCACCUAUGCCCUCCACGAUCGCCUCCAAAAGGCGGGUUCCAAGGUCAAGAGCCUAGUGGCCCACCCGGGCGUCGCUGCGACUGAGCUGGCCCAGGGCACCGUCCAAGCAGGAGGUGCCAACGACUUCGGCAGCGCUCCCAAGUGGAUCAGCAAAGGAAUGAUCAGCUUCAUGGGCCAGUCGGAGGAGGAUGCCACUGUUGGAAUUCUGCGGAAUGCGUGCGACCCGGAAGCCAAGUCGGGCGAGUUCUUUGGCCCUUUGGGAAAAGGCGGUGCCACUGGAACUCACGAUCCCUCUGAGUACAACGGACCCGUCGGGCUUCUCAAGAAGGAGCCCGGGGGCGUAGCUGCUUUGCAGGGCUCUGCACAAUGA